AUGGUUUCAUUAAAAUAUAUAUAUUUAAAUUUUAUAUAUAUACCAAAUAUUAAUAAAAAUAAUAUUAAUAAUAAUAUUAAUAAAAAUAAUAUGAUUAGUAGAAUGUCAUUAAAUAAUUUUCCAGAAAUUAAUAAUAAAUUUAAUAAUUUUAUUAAUCCAUUUCAAUCAAAUAAUCAAUUCAUACAUCAAGAUUUAAUAAUAAAUUUAUUAUCAUUAAUUGAAAAAUCAACAAAUCCAAAUAUUAAUUCAUUAUUAUCAACACAUAAAUUUAUGAAUAUUGAAGAGAAGAAAGAAUUUAUGAUAUCAUUAAUAAGUAAUUGGGAUAUGAAGAAGAUGACAAUAACAAUAGAUAAAUUAAAUUCAUUUGAUCGUAUAAUAAAAAUAUUAAAAUUAGAACCGAAAAUAAUAACAGAAUGUCUUGGAUAUAUAAAAUUUGAUCAUCAAGAUUUAAAGACAAAACAAAAAAUUUUAUUAUUUCAUGAUCUCUUUGGUGAUAAUAAUAUUUAUAAUCCAUUACCAUUUCUACAUUCCAAUAUUAAUAUACAAAAAUUUAAAAGUAAUCAAAUCUAA